CCGGAAAUCAGAAGAAGAAGAAGAAGAUUGCUUAGCAGUGAGAAGAAGAAGAACCGGAAGCGAAGGGACAGCAGGACUGAAUAUUGUAUAAAUUUCUAAAAACUGUCUGUCGCCACGUUAUUUUGGACGCCAACCCUCUCUGCCAACAGCAAGUUAAUAAUUAAUUUGCUUUGAAUUUGUCCAUAAAUUUGCCCAGUUAGUCCCGCAGUAAGAUGUCGUUGUUUAGCAUGCUAGCUCUGCUGCUGGUGGUGUCUCUGACUGCAGCUUCAUCUCUGCACAAAUCAGAUGUCCCAACGGUGACUGUUACAGAGGGAAGCGACGUCCUCCUGAGAUGUUCACCAAACCCUCUGAAGAACCUCCGUAAGGAGUUGUUUGACUGGAAGAUGGGCGAGACAACGGACCAUAAAAAGGAUGUGUUCAUGUAUCGAGAUGGGGACUACGAUGGCAACACGCUUGAUGGUCAACAUGAGCAGUUCAGAGGACGAGUGUCACAUUUUCCAGACCAGCUGAUCAAUGGCAACGCCUCAAUCCUCAUCAGAAACACACAGAUAGAGGACACAGGACUCUACACCUGCAUCUUUCCUUUCCUUCAGGACCAAAGAGUCAGCAUGAGGCUCGUCGUUGAGCCGACCUUUAGGGACCGAUCUGGAAAAAUCCCCGGUGUUGCUCACAAGCCGUACGUCUCCAUUUGUGGCGUCUCAGACUCCGGUGUUCAGUUGAAAUGUGAGGCUAAAGGUGCUUCUCCAAAGCCAGAGCUUCAGUGGUUGGACAGUGACGGAGUCGUUCUUCCUGCUGAGCAUCCAGAGGUUUCCCAAACAGGACGUCUCUUUGACGUCACCCUCCAGACUACGGUGAACUCCACCAACACCUUCUACUGCGUGGUGAAGCAGGAGAACUUCCACCAUCAGAUCAAACGCAACAUCACCGUUCCUGAGAAACUGUUCCAGAAAACAUGCAGAGAAGUGGAUCAUGGAUCGUUCUCAAGCGGAGUGGCUUUGGGAAUUUUUAUUGGAGCUUUAAUUGGAGCUUUCCUUCUUGCUGUGGGCCAAGCUUUACUUGUGGCAACAAACCGCAUGACAGUCAGCCUUAACAAAGGUCGUCAUCAGCCAGCAGAGAGUCCUACAGCUCAGCCUCUUAACGGGAAGCUGAACGGUCAGACUGAUCCUUGAAGUGUCUGCUGUCUGCAUGUACAGCACACACCAUUCAUUUUAUUAGGAACACAACUCUGAUGCGACACAAUUCUGUCAGAAAAGGUCUGAUUCUGAUUUAUUAUUGGGCUGAUUCGGUGCUAAACUGCAUUCCAUCUGAAGUGUUCCUGAUGUGUAGCAGCAGUGGAGGCUUCAGGAGCAAUAAGAAAACCCGUAGAUAGUUUCACUAAAAGGUCCUGAAAGCUCAGAAAAAAAACCUUCUUUGUUCUAGAGCAGGUUCAGUUUCUUCACCUGGUCCAAAGCAAAGCCACAGAAACCUCUUUAUCUGGGCUUUUAUGUUACGUUUGUGAGAAAACUGCCAAUUUAACGUCAUUUAUUCAGGUCAGUGGGUGGAGCUCUAAGCUUUGUUACUUCAGUUUUCUGGUGUUUUUGUUUCAAUUAGAAUAUUCUUUAUUGUCGUUAUAGAACACAGGGUAUAAGGAGAUUGCAGAGCUUCUCCUUUCCAGGAAAUCUUAGAGAACAAAACAAUCUACUUACAUAUGCAGUAUGAAUGAGGCGGUGAUGUUUCUUCCAUGUUCUACAUCGUAUCGUUGUCUGGGUGUGACAUGAGGGUUCAGGGUGGUGAUGGCUCUCAGAUAGAAGCUGUUUUUAGUCUGUUUGUCCUCGCUUUAAUGCAUCUGUAGCGCCUUCCAGAGAACAACAGAUCACAAAGCUGAGAACCGGGAUGUGAACUGUCCUUGGUGAUGUUCUGAGCUCUGCUGAGGCACCAGGAGGAGUAGACGUCUACGAGGGAGGGGAGGACAGCCUCUCUGUCUGCCUCAGGUUAAACAGCAGGUUCUCUAUGGAUGAGUGGUGGAAGGCCAGCAGCAGCUUCCUGUCCAGGUGGUUCUCUCUGAGGACAGCUGUGAUGUUGUCUGUCCAGGAGAGGACAUCAGAGGACAACCUGGAUGUGUGACUCUGUGGCUGUUGAUGUAGAGGAGCAGUGAGUUAUGAGCAUCACUAGCAGCCUGUAUUCUGCUGAUGUUUCUUAAAUGUCCUGUUACAGCAGCAGAUUAAACACAUGAAGCCUUAAAACAGCAGCAGGAGAUCUGAGCUGUAAAACCCAAAGAAGUUUUGGUUUAACUUAAUGAGAUGGAGACGAGCUGCUGUGUAAAUGUUGAAGAACAGAAGGAAACCUCUGGUCUGUGGAGCUGCAGGCACAGUUCCAGAUGUUUGAAGCUCCUUUCUCAGCUCAGCAUUACUGUAAAUAUUGUAGAAUAUAUUUUUAUGGAUCUGUGAAAUGAAAUGAAUCUGUGAGACUGACAGCUGUUUUAGAAAUAACCUUUAUAUGGCUUUUAGAGUUGGUGGACGUGUCACAUGCAGCUAUGAAGUUUGGUGCUCAUGUGGAACUGGUCAGGACGCCCAAACCCAACAGGAUGCCAGACAUUUUGAAUUAUGCGACAUAUUUUGGAUGAUUUUAAGUCUUUUUAACACGUUUUCUAAAGCUAUAAACUGAAACACAGUAACCCCAGCAGAGCUGACAUUGUUCCAGGAUGUACAGCAGACAUGGCUGAUCAAAAGUUACCAAAAACAACAGUCUGACGGUGUGGAGAUGGUAGAAUUUUGACAGUUCACCAUGAAACAGGAAAUGCUGUGUAACUGGAAAGAAGAGGCCUCAAACUCUACAUGUUAGGUUAUUAAGCUGUGCUUUUUUGUCUUAUUUCUCUCGUUUUAAUUUUCAUUCUUAUUAUUGUUUGCACUUAUAGAGUUGCACUUACAUUUACUAUCCCUGUUUCUUAUGUCAUUGCUGCACUGACUGCUCUACGUGCUUUUUAAUUGUCCCCUGGGCACAAGUAAAGUUUUCUGAAUGUCAGAUCAGAGUCCUGUCUUUAAAUCUGUAGACUGAAAUGCAUUCAUGACCAUAGCGCCACCUGGUGGACGGUUUUCCAACUGAACAACUCUGCUGGCAGCUUUAAUCAUGGCUCAUUUCAUCCUUAAUGAUAUCAAGAAAAGAAGGGUAGCAGCGUUUAUUUUAUGUUGUUCUUUUUUCAAUGUGUUUUUUUUAAUCUAAUGUAUAAUGUAAAUGAUUGUAUCAGACAAUGCCUUUUUCUAUGUGAAAUGCCUUUUAUUAACUGGGGUUGUUUUUCUAUAGAAUUCUGACAGAAUAUUCAGUUUUAUUUAUAUAGCUCCAGUUACAAUUCAGAUUGUCUAGAGAUGCUUUACAGAACCCAUAAGAACCCCAGAGCUGCCCUAAGCAGACAGAAAAACAUCCUUUAAAUAUAAAUAAAGCCAGUGUUAGAGUUGAAUUUGUAAAUGCAUUUAUCAUAAUCAAGCCUGAGAGCAUUAACUGUGUGUGCAUAGUGUUUUAUAUGACUAUUUUUAUAGAAUACCACUCACUCACUCCUACCUGCACAUCUCUCUCUCUCUCUCUCUCUCUCUCUCUCUCUCUCUCUCUCUCUCUCUCUCUCUCUCUCUCUCUCUGUCUCUCUCAGCAUAUUUCCACUCUUUCAGCUUAGCACACCCCCUUGUGUAACUCGAGCUAUUUCUUAUCUUAUGCCAUGUCUUCAUUUCUGCUCGUGUAUAAAAUAAACCUUGUAUGGGAGCAGUCUUUGUAGCUCGCUCUAACUUGUUACACUGUGCUGUGUUACCCUUGCAAGUAAAGUUACAGUCUCCGUGUUUUUCUGGUUCGGUGAAAAUCUUCUUAUGUUAUGUGGGAGCUCUCAGCGGAGCUACACUCUGACAGCCAGAAUCAGGUUUGGUCCAGAAAAGCCAGUAGAGAUUCUUUCUGAUAUUCUGGAGUUUAUAAAAGGAAAAGUAUUUUGUCUACCAUGUUUGGAAGUAAACCAGUCAGUCAUUGUUGGCCUACAGAGGGACUUUUUACCAAAUGUAUUUAUUUUUUUGAAUCUAUAAUGCGCUGUUUGUUAAAGAGCCACAAUAAAGUUCCUCUGAAGAGA